ACAAAUAAUGAAAUUUUGCCAAAAAAAAAAAAUUGUUUCUUCUCACGUUGAGUGAUCAGCUCUUUGAGUGUCUCUCUCUUCAAUUCAGGGCUUUCAAUUAAAGGAAGUGAUUGUAGCAAGUUAUAUAUGGAUCCGUCGGAAUUAAGGUACUUGGAGGAGGAUGAUACUCCGAAAAUGAAAACUUUCAAAGGGGCAACUAUGGGUUUAGCUGUUGGAACGCUGUGGGGGACUGUUGUUGCCACUUGGCAUGACGUGCCUCGUGUCGAGAAGCAUGUUGCUCUUCCUGGCUUAAUAAGGACUGUCAAGAUGAUGGGCAACUAUGGCUUGACUUUUGCAGCCAUUGGUGGAGUUUUCGUUGGUGUUGAGCAGCUGGCUCAGCAUUAUAGGUCCAAGAGAGAUUUCGUCAAUGGUUCUAUCGGUGGCUUUGUUGCUGGGGCUUCUGUUAUAGGGUUUAAAGGAAGGAGCAUCUCAACUGCUUUGUCUGCUGGAGCAGCACUGGCCGUCACAUCUGCACUCAUUGAUGCUGGAGGUCGGACCACAAGAAUAGACAACGGCAAGGAGUACUAUCCCUAUACCACCAAGAAAAGAUCCACCGUUGAAGGUUAAAUCAUCGACAUUGUUGGUAAAAGAAACAGGACGAAGAAGAAUUUGCUGUUUCCUGAAUCACCUGUAUGUUUGUCUUAGAGAUAUAUACAUACUCUUGGAACCCUUUUGCCUCUCACUGCCUGAAAUAAACAUGCUUGCCCUUUUUUGCUUGGAAGAUCUGUUAGAUGCUUAUUUUUCAUUCUUUCAGACAGCUUUGACAGAGAGACUGGUAAUAAAAUAAUGUUUUGAGUUUGAAAAA